GCAGUCUGGCUUUAAGACAUGUGAUACAGUCUUUACACUCAGCCAGCCUGUACGGAAACAUUUGUCUCUUAGUGCUCACUGAGGGGGGGACUCAGCGAGAGAGAGCCGCUGCUCAGAGGCUGCCUCUCACUGGAAGGAUGCAGACGGUGAGAGAAGAGAUUCCACUACAGUUAAUUAAGGAGCACUCUGCACGUGCCUAUAAAUGCGAAGGGGCAAAUGAAUUCAGUGUCAGUGAGAGCAGCUCCUCGAGGGGAAGCAGUGAUAUUUCAAAGGUGGAAUUGAAAGAGCUGUAAAUCUAUUUCCUGACUCCGGCUUGACGGUCAUUUCUGAAUCACUGGACUGUUGCUAUCAAAGUGUGGAGCAGGCAGGCAGAGUCAGUGGAGUUUCCUCCCCGAGCCAAAUUCAAGACUUAUUGGAUGGGAUAAACAUGAGCAGCAUUAUGGAUGGAUUUAUGUCAUUCUGCUGAGAUAUUUAUACACUCAUUGUCUGGUUGCUCAGCAGAUGUGUCCUGUCAUGUCCUGGCUGCUCUGCCUGUGCCUCUGGGUCAGUGUGACGGCCAUCCAGCUGUGUCAGGCCACUUUCUACGACACCAUCCAGCAGCAUCAUGGGACACGGCCUGGACGAACCACCAUCCACCAGAUUGAGGGGGGCACAUGUGAAGUGAUCGCUGCUCACAGAUGCUGUAAUAAAAAUCGUAUUGAGGAGCGGUCGCAGACGGUCAAGUGUUCUUGUCUGCCAGGGAAGGUGGCUGGAACCACAAGAAACCGACCUUCAUGUGUCGACGCAUCCAUAGUAAUUGGGAAGUGGUGGUGUGAGAUGGAGCCUUGCCUGGAGGGGGAGGAAUGCAAGACGCUACCUGACAACUCAGGCUGGAUGUGCUACGCCGGCAACAAGAUCAAAACCACAAGGAACACUCAGCCAUACACCACAUCAACAUAUUAACACUUUGCAGAAAAGAUGCAAUGGACCUCUUCUGCUGCAAAGGUUAAUCUGCAGCACUGUCACAGGACCAAUUACCACAAAGACAAUAAACCUAUUGUUGCUCUAAGAAAUGUGAACACUUCUCAGAUUAAAGUGUAAAAAGAUGUAGAAUACAUAAAGCACAUCCCUGCUCGAGGCUACUGAAAAUACUGACGCUCAGAGAUGCCUGCGGGGAACUUCAUCAUAACCUUGUAAUGAAUAGAUUUUCAUCAUUUCCUUCCAACUUUGAGAUGGAAACGAGACUGUCUGCAUUUGGAUUAUUAUCUGGAGAGCAUCUGACGUCUCCUCCUCAGACAUCAGUGAGACAGAUGUGCACUAUGAAGCAGCAAACAGGAGACAAAUACAUCAAAGGAAGCGGGAUGAGCGAGUACAGUAGUUGACAGCCCUCAGGAUUUGCUUUUUUUAUCAUUGUAAAAUGAAAAAUACUGUACAUAAAUUGUUUGUCUUUUCUUGUGUACAUGAGCUUUAUUUAAAGUGGUGGUGAAAAACGAUCUUUCGAGUCCCCAAAUGCGGUCUUGAUCUUCUCCUUUCUUCAUACCCACACAGCCAAAGUUCAAAGAUGCAGUGCUUUGAAGAUACAGUGCGAAGAAGACGUAUUACAAACACAGCUUGUGUGUCCUGAUACUGUACCUUUUACCAUUUGUUUGUAUGGUACUUGUUUGCCUUUGAUCACCUCUUACAUGGCUUUACCAGUCGAACUCGGCAACUUGUCAACUACCCUAAAACUGAUCGAUUCACCAAAAUCCUGAUACCAGUAGGUUUACUUUGGAAACUUGAAAUGCCUUAUUUGUGUCAAAUCAUACAAAUGAUGAUAUUGUAUAUGAAGCCAUCUUGAAAUGUGCUGAUAUUUCAUUAAAGUCACUGUUCCUGUAACUGA